UGCCGGGGAGCGCUUCCGGCGGCCGUUGGGAGCCGUUGGAGCGGCGGCGUCGCAGGGAACAUAUUGAAGCAUGUCUGGAAGUUUCUACUUCGUGAUAGUUGGUCAUCAUGAUAAUCCCAUAUUUGAAAUGGAAUUUCUGCCUCCUGGAAAAGUAGAGUCCAAGGAUGAUCAUCGCCAUCUCAACCAGUUCAUUGCCCAUGCAGCUCUUGACCUAGUAGAUGAGAACAUGUGGCUUUCUAACAAUAUGUAUCUGAAGACUGUGGACAAGUUUAAUGAAUGGUUUGUUUCUGCUUUUGUCACAGCUGGACAUAUGAGAUUUAUAAUGCUUCAUGAUGUAAGGCAAGAAGACGGAAUUAAGAACUUCUUUAAUGAUGUGUAUGACUUGUAUAUAAAGUUUGCAAUGAAUCCAUUUUAUGAACUCAAUUCUCCCAUUCGAUCCAGUGCUUUUGAAAGGAAGGUACAGUUCCUUGGGAAGAAACACCUUUUAAGCUGAAUAAAUAACUUUCCCGAGUGAGUGCUUUUUCCAACUUUCCUGAUUAUUUGUACUAUAGUUCUCCUGGGUAGUUCUCUGCAUGUUUGAUACUCAUCUUUGUUAAGAUCGACAAAUUGGAUGCUAAAGGAGGUUUUUGGGUUUUGUGUUUUUCUGGUACAGGUAAGAACAGCCAAACUUCUCUGGUUAAAAUGCCUAUCUUAAUAAGUUUCUUUUCAUGUGUUACGAAAACCAAGUUUGAAAAUGUCAGGGGCUGAAUAGAUACAAACUGAGACGUGUCAACACCUAUGCAAAAUGUAAGCCUCUUCUACAGGGUGGGAGGAAACUGGACCUUAACUCAAAAGACAUCUUCAGGCAUGCGAUUUAAUGUGGUCAAAAGGGAAUUCUUGACUGUUUGGCCUAAGUGGUUGUGUUAUAAACCUUUCUACUUACAGCUCUUCAAUAGAGAACUUGCUCUGCAGAAUAACCAGACUUAACUAUACUCUUUGUGGUAUUAAACCAGAUCUAUAUUUAUAUUGUAAUAUGCAAUGUAUGAAUGAUGAAGUGCUAAAUAAAAAGAAAUGAGGAUAUAUCAGCAAAGCUUUGUCUUCAGUGUUUCAGGAAGUUUUGAGAAAAAAACUUAAAGCUUAAAACUGCACAUUCACCAGAUGUUUAGUGCAAUACAUGUUUACCUGCAGUGUUGCAUUAACAAGGUGAAUUAACAAAGUAAACCAGAACAGCUGUGUCUACCCUGACUUUAAUUCUAAUUUAAUUAAUUCUAAUUUAAUUCGAACACAUGGAAAAAAAACGAAAGUGACACAUGUAAACCCACUUCUUUUCAUUAUCUCUGCAAGUGCUGAAAUUUUGUGAAAAUAUAUUUAGACUUGGAACUUUGAACCACAAAACUGUUUGUUGAGGUUUCAGAAAAGUAUUAUUUGGCCUGGCUGGCUACUAUUCCAUUGUAAAAUGUGGUUAGGGACCCUUUUGCAAAACUUAUCAUCAUUCCAAAAUAGUUUUUAAAUGGGUCGUUUGGCAUACAUGUACCUAAUAUUUUGGUUGGUUUCACAAUCCUUAAGUAGUUUGUUUCCUUUUGCAGCAAAGCUGUAUAAGCUAUCCUCUUGGAAAAAAAAUUUUUAAAAUCUGAAAAGUAAUUUCCAGAGGAAGCGACAUGCUGUUCUAGGAAGUACAUUUUGCAUAGUCUGUAUAAUUCAAGGGACCACGUGUGUAUGUGCUCUAAAUGUAUUGACAGUCACUAUUUCUUUGUAAUUUAUUUACUGCUAAACUAUCACUGUAAAAUAUUCCAUGAGAAAAAAAACACAAUUAUAAAGGCUGCAAUAUUUACCUUAAAUAAACUGUGGAAUGAUGCAGUA